UACCACAUAAUUACGAUUCUCCUCACCAUAUUUGUAUUACCGAAACGCAUGCGGUUUUAAAAUCUAAUACUUAUUAUUAAAAUAACUAGUUACUGUGCACGUACUUAGAAGUAGUAGCAAUUAUUUCAACUGAUCAGUUCCAAUGCAUCCACUUCUAGACGAAAAAAAGUAUCCAAAAUGUGCAAAAAUUAUAGCCGAGUUAGCAGAAUGUCAUAAAUCUUAUGGUCGCUUCUUUGGAAAGUGCAAUGAGUUAAAGAAACAGUUAGAUACCUGCUUGAUGGAAGAUCGGAAAGAAAAAAUCAAACAAAACAAGCAUAUUUCUGCUCUUAAGCCGUCGCAUGACAUGAAAAAGCAGAAGUCGGAUCAUAAGGAGGAUUCAUGAAUAGUAUCGUUACGUGAUUCUCGAAUUUUAAACCACCUGUCUGUUAACUGGAACAGUCUCUGUUUGACUAGUUUGCUUUUUUUUCAGUUUGGAAAAUACGCCUCUCAUCCAGGAACUCUUCGCGCCAGUGAGGUUAUGCUGUCCCCAAUCUUUUGUAUCUUGCAUACUUUCUGUGCUUUUGUCCGUAGAACCACUUAUCUUCUCAUAUUCACUUAGCCGGUCUUGUAGCUGCUGUCUGCUUGCCUUGCUGAAUAUUUGAUACAAACCAAGCCAUUGUUUCUUACCGCUUCGUUUACCAAGCUUUCGUGAACAUUCAGCUAAAAGAAUCAGAUUCUCACAGUUAUGGAUCAUGGUUUGACAAAGUGAAUAUAAGUCGUCAGGUAGUUCGGCACCAUUAGCAUCAAGUUCCUGCAUUGCAGUUACCUGUGCAAUGCUCAUCUUUAUUCCUAAAAGUACCUGUGCAAGAAUCUCCGCAAAGACGUUGAUCUUAGGGUUGUCAAAGGAUUUAUAGUUCUCUGAAAAGACGCGAACAAUAUUUUGAAAACGGGUAUUCUCCUCUGCAGCAUAAUCAUUCUCCUUUAGAUUACGAGAAAGCAACAAUUCAUCCAAUGAAUCGAGUACCAUUAUGACAAUUGCUGAAACAAGUGUACUAGUUCGUUUGCACCAAACAAGCUGCUCAGAAGACCGUUUUCCAACAUCCGUUUCUUCAUCUGUUUCUUGCUUUUUGGCAACUUGGCACAAAAGUCUGGAAUGACGUUAGUUUCGAGUUCUCUGCCAAUUUCUUUCUUACUUUUCGACUUGUUCAAUUUCAGCGUACGGAAUGCUUAAUACCUCUUUGUAGUAAUCCUGCUGAUCAAUUGAGGACUGAUUCUCCAUAAUAUUUGAUUCGGAAGACAUUGCGGUCUGUAAGGUUUCCAACAGGCGUUCUAUGUUUAAUUAAGUUUGAGUGAUUUCAUAAUGUAAACAAAAAGCAUACCCAAUCAACUGUAGUAGGUGAACAACAUCGAUUGACACACAAAUUGUAAACGAA